AUGACCUCAGUGGAGCGCAAGAAGCUGCAGACACAGGCAGACAGUCCCGGAGAUGGCACAGGUGGACAGCUCCACAGUCCAUCACAUGACGAGACCCUGGUCCCUCCCCUCCCACCACAGCCGGAGAAGCCCGCAGCGGGCGCGGGCCGCCAGGGGGCGCUGUCGGGGCGCACGGCCCACCUGGCGCCCGGGCGGCGAGCGAGCGCGGCCAGGCGGCCGGGAACUUUUCUCCUCGCGCUCUCGCCGCCUUCUCCCCCCGCGCGCCGCCCGCCGCCCGCUCUUCCUGCGCGGAGGGGACCGCAUUUCCCCGCGGCCCUGCGACGCCAGCAGGCCCGGAGGUGCGCGGCCAGGGCCUGGUCCCUGCGCCCCGGGCGCCGCCCCCGCCCGCGGCUGCGCUCGGAAGCCGAGGCGCGGAGCGAGGCGCGGCCGGGCGAGAGCGCGCCGAGCAGGCCGCCCAGUCCGCCGCCCGAGCGCCGGCGCGAGGAGGGGGCGCCGCGGCCCACCCUCCUUCCUGCCUGGCCGCGGGCCGGCCGGGCCGCCGCGCCCCGACCCCUAUGGCCGCCCGGGCCUCCGGGCCGCGAAGUCGCAGCGCCAGACCCCGGCCCCCCGAGUGAGCGCGCGCCGAGAUCUCAUCCGGCCGCCGCGUUCUGGAAGAGACGAGGGGACUGCGCGCGCGAGCAGAGGAGGAGAGGCGGCGCGGGGAAGGGAGGCGGCGAGACGCGCAGCGCCCGCGCCCGGGAGACCCAGGAGGAGCCCGCAGGUGAGAGCCGGACCUGGCCACAAUGGACCCUGGGCUUUGGCUGGACAGACACAGGGAUGAAUGAACCAGUAAUGAAUGAAUGA